AUUACACGGUAGGUUUUGCUGUCAGUUUUACAACAAUCACGGUUGUGAUUGACGAAUAACCUAUCGUGUAAUGUAGUUAUUGACAGUUGCAUGAAAUUGAUUGACAAAUAUCUGGAUAUUUUGAUUUUUACGUCAAUCAACUAUUCAGUCACGAAUUUUGAUUUAACGUGUAAUGGCAUUUCACCAAUCACGCGUCAGUCAACGCUCAGACAGCAAUGGAGGCGGACGCAGAAUAUAUUGAAGAGGCGGGUUUCACGCGCUCGCGCAGUCCGUCGCCACUCCCGCCAAAUGUGCUUCAGCCAGAAAAAGACUUUAUUUUAAAUUUUGAGGCUCUCCCCGAGUUGUGGGACACGAAAAACCCCGGGUAUACGAAUAAAUAUAAAAGAAAUGAAAACUUGGCGAAGUUGCUACCCAUUUUGAGAAAAAUUAAGAAAGACGCUACCAUAGAUGAUGUGAAGAAAAAAAUUAAUUCAAUCAGAUCCAACUACCGCCGAGAAUUAAAAAAAAUUGUAGCAUCCAAAAGGUCUGGCGCAGGGGCAGACGAUAUUUACAAUCCCAAAAUUUGGUAUUUCCCGUACCUACAUUUUUUAAGAAAAUUGGAACAACCUGUUGCUCUAUUACAAGAAUCCAAUCAGUUAAACCAGGAGCCACUAACAUCAGAAACAGAACAAAUUAAUCAGGAAGGCAGUGAGCAUCAACAAUCAAACCAAAAUAAUGAAGUAAGAUCAUUUUCAUCGAUAUCUGCAGCACCCAAGCCAUAUGUAUCUUCACAAAAAAAGAAAAAACUGAACUACGAAGAGUUGAUAGAUAGGGCAUGUAGAUAUUUGAGUGAACCUUGCAAUACCCAUACUAAUCAAAAUGUAAAUUUAACGAACCCAAUUGCAUUGGAGUGGUCCAACACACUAGAAAGACUAGAUCCCAUACAAAGACUAUAUGCAAAAAAAGCAAUCAAUGACAUUUUAUUCGAAGCAGAGCUUGGUAAUUUAAACAGAGAUUCCGUAAAAACAUUUACUACAUUAACACCACCUCCUCCACCACCGCCCUCAUCCAUGCAAACACCAUCUCCUGCUUCUCUACCGUUGUCUUCACCUCAAGAUACGGCUUCUGUGACCUUCAAUAUUAAUUCGCAACAUUACAGUCCAUAUUCAGAUUCUACAUUAACAUCUCCGCCACCUCCACUAUCGCCCUUAUCACAACAAACACUAACAUCUCCUGCCGCUCAACCCUUGUAUUCACUUCAACACACAACUUCGCAGACGUCACAUCAAAUAUCAUCUCAACAACAUAGCGGACAUACUAUUAGUACUACACCAUAUAAUUUCACAUCUUUGCAAAGAGGCACGCCUUCACAAAUAAUUUUAAAUGCUAACUAUAAUCUAGAUCAACCAUCUCAAAUACCUGCUUCCACUUCAAAGGAAUACAUAUUACAUAUUCCAAAUGAUCCCAAUAUCACACCAUCUCCAUCACGUUAUCAAAAUAAAAGCAAUAACAUAGUUUCACUCUUUUCUCAUUUUAAACCUUAAUUUUUAAAUUAAUUAGGACCUGAGGGUUGACCGCAGUUACUAACAUGAUUAUGAAAAAAUUGUUGUAAUAAUUUUUUUAGUCAUUUACAAAAUGUUUCAUAAUCGUAUUGAGAACCGCGGUCGAACAUCUGUUAAAACAAUUUUGACAUCACAAUAACUUUGUAUGUACUAAAAUAAUUAUUGCCAAGAUUAAAGUGCGACAUAAAUAUAUUG